AUGUCCAAAUACGCCGAAAUGGCCAAGGGCAAGCUGUCCGAGGGCCGCGAAAAGGCCUCCGGGCUCAAAGGCAGAGCCAAAGGCAAAGUCACAAGACACAUCCCCGGCCGAGGCCACAAAGAAGAAGAAGAGGUCGCCUCCCACGUCGCCCGUCCUCUCAGCUCCCUCCGCGAUCCAAACUCCUUUGCUCCUCCGCCCAGACGCACAGGCUCAGGCCUGGCUCCCCCUCCACCUCCUUCCACAGCCAAACGAUCCGUCGUAAAGGUACCCGGCACAUAUCAACCCGCUUACGAGGAAGAGGAGGAAGAGCACCAGAUACCUACCGGACCAUACAGAGCGGAUACAACGGGUCUCUCAACUUCUAAUCUGCCGGCCCCUCCAGUGAGGAGAGACCACCCGAGCAACCAGAGUCCUCCUCCAUACGAGUCUGUCGUCUCCUCCGCCGGCACCAGAGCUCCUCCGCCGAGUCUUCCCCCAAGACUGCCUCCACGAUCUGGCUCCGGAACGCCGGGUCGCACAGAGAGUCCAUUGUCAGCUCUCGGAGCCAACCCCAACGACCUCAACCAGGGCGCCAUCAACAGGCUGGGAGCUGCCGGAAUAUCCGUCCCGGCCUUUGGCAUUGGCAAAGCAUCUCCCAGCUACGAUGAUGACGAUGCGCCGCCUCCCCCAAAGCCUCCUCGACCCGUUGUUGCUCCGCCACCGCAGUCGCAUCUUAAUGAGCUGCAAAACCGCUUCGCCAGACUAGGCACGUCCAACACGGGCUCCUCUACGGGAUCGCCAACUCCUCCCAGUGAGACCACUACUCCUCCUGUCAUCAGGGCGGCGGCACCAUUCCCAGCACCAGCGCCGUUAGGGUCACCGGGUCUAGCAGGAAAGAAGAAGCCGCCGCCACCUCCGCCAAAGAAGAAGCCUACGCUAUCUGCUGCUGCAGUAACUCCUCCGGCCAACGAUGAGCCGCCCCCCAUCCCCUUAUCGACCCGUCCAUCUUACCAGUAG